AUGAAUACCAAUACAUGUAAAUUAGAAAAUUCAGAAUCAAACAAAAAUUUAGAAAAACCCACAACAUAUUUUUUUAAACAUCAUCCACUUAAACAGACACUUCGAUUUAACGAGCAAUGGAUGAUUCCCAACAUAAAAAUUUUGUAUCGUGAUUCAGAGUUUUUGAUCGUUGAUAAACC